CAGCCUCCUCAUUAUAUCAACACCAACAACCAAACUACUUUGACAAAAAAAAAAAAAAAACAACCAAACAACAACGCUCGUUCUCUCUCAUCUUUUCCCUCUCAUCGUUUUCAACUUCGACCCCCGCUAAACCCCUCCUUCCUCCUCUCGGAGCCCUAGCAAUGGCCUCCGACGACCUCUCUGCCGCCGUCACCGCCGCCGAAGACGAGAAGUUCGGUUUCAAGAGAUCGGAGAUGUUCAAGGAAAAACUUGCCGGUACCGUCAACGCCUACGACCGCCACGUCUUCCUCUGCUACAAGACCCCCGAGGUCUGGCCGUCGCGCGUCGAAGGCUCUGAGUCCGAUCCACUACCUAAGCUCUUCGCCUCCGCUCUCAAAGCUCGCAAGAGCGACAUCGCCGUUAAGACGUUGCUGACAGUAAUUGAAGGACGCGAAGGAACUGAGUUUUCCGAUGGCGAUGUAUUGAUUUUCCCACAAAUGAUCAAAUACAGGGGCUUGAAAGAGUCGGAUGUGGACAGCUUUGUUGAUGAUGUCCUUGUGAAUGACAAACCAUGGGCUUCCGGAGUGCAAGAGGCGUUGACUGGCUCCCACAUAUUUGUAUGUGCACAUGGUAGUCGAGAUAAAAGAUGUGGUGUUUGUGGACCUGUUCUCAUUGAUAAGUUCAAAGAUGAGGCUGAGCUGCGAGGAUUGAUGAAUCAGGUAUUUGUUACUGCUUGCUCUCACAUUGGAGGCCACAAGUAUGCUGGAAACUUGAUUAUCUACAGCCCAGGUUCAGAUGGAAGCAUAACAGGCCAUUGGUAUGGCUAUGUCACUCCUGAUGAUGUGCCAGAAUUGCUUGAUCAGCAUAUUGGGAAGGGAGAGAUCAUCGAACGACUUUGGAGGGGCCAAAUGGGAGUAUCUUCUGAUGAAGCUGAAAAAAUUAAUGACCCGAAGCUUUCAAAUGGAGGGGAAAGUAAGAAAAUCCAGGAGAAGCCACAAGAAAACGGCAAUCAGAUUCAGAAAAAUGAGAACUUUUCAGGCUGUUGCCAAGUUGCUAAUAGUAAUGGAUUUACAUGCUGCAAAGAAGUAAGUUUGGAGCAGAAUGGUGGAAGUGAGAAUAAGAAGCUGAAAGAAACCAGAGAGUCGUGUGCCAGGAAGGAUGCCUUAGGGAAGCUGUCAAGCUUGAUUGGGAACUGGGAGCAAAGCGAUGUUCUUGCAGCUGCUGCCGUGGUUGGAGCAGUGGCAACAGUGGCCAUGGCCUAUAGCUUUUAUAGAAGGUCAGGCUGAAACGUACUCUAAUCCAUGUCGGGUUCUGCCACGGGUGUAGAGGCCCUAUAUUUUUUUUCCUUUGUAGAAAGAUGUUAUAACGUCAAUAAAAUGAGCUCUUAUAUGACAGGAGAAUAUGGUAGCUACACUAUAUGUUCGUUUUUGGAGGGUGGGAUGAUUUCCCGGAGCUAAGCUGUAUAUAGUUGCAAAAGUUUUCACUAUUCCUUUCCGUAGUUGAUUGCUUACACAGCUGAUUUGUUGUUCCAAUAUACUGUUGAAUGGCUUUAUCUUGAUAGUGGGAUUUGUUCUGAGACUGCUUU